ACCAACACCUUCGAUGCGUGCAGAACGUUCCAGGUAUACCACCGGCCAACUACAGCGAAAUUUCCUUUCGAGCUUUGUAUCUAGCCAGGAAAAGCGUGACUUCUAAUCAUAUUCUUUAAGAAAAUUCUAUUAACGGAAAAUCCACCAUGUCUCACAGGCAGCGGAGAGGAGAAGAAAAGGAAGAUGUUGACAUGAUUCGGUUCAGAAAAACCUUCGAAGAACUGUCCGGACAGGACAUGGAGGUUGAUGCUUGGGAACUUCGGGACAUUCUAAAUUCAUCCCUUCGUCAAGAUUUACGCCGUGAUCGUUUUAGUGAGGACUCUUGCAAAAGUAUGGUGGCUCUCAGCGAUGAGGAUCGUACUGGCAAGCUUAGCUUUGAUGAGUUCAGGGAGCUGUGGGACCACAUCUGUGAAUGGAAGGAAUUAUUCAAGAAGGCAGACACUGAUAACUCUGGAAUGAUCAGUACCAACGAGAUGAGGGUGUCUUUAACCUCACUUGGCUUUAAGCUGAAGAAUGACACAUUUCGAGCCCUUGGUCUGCUGUAUGGAAACAAGGAGGGUAACUUGUCAUUUGCCAGCUUCAUACAUGUCGCUAUCAGAGUCAAGUUUAUGUACACUACCUUCGAAUCAAAGAGCCGCGGUGACAAGGCCAGAUUCAAUUUGGAAGAACUGCUGAUGGUAUACUUCUACUCUUAAUUUUCCCGGUGCCAUCGUGGUUCAUGAGAAGCAGUCAGUCAAGUUUUAACAAUUCAAUGUUUACAACCACAAAAUCAUCUUUCAUUUUCAAUUUUAUUAUGCAUUUGAUAUGCCUACAGUGAUGGUAAAUAUCACAUGAAUAUAAGAAA